CAAAAACGCGCAACCGCUGUUCCUCCGUUUUUUUUGGGUUUUCUCUUGACGCGUCUCCCACCACUCACCACCGCUGGUCGUUGUCCAUUCUUUCUCCAAGUAUGUCCCAAACAAAAACAAAAGUCAGUUCUCUGGCUCGUCGUAUCCAUGGUUGGUCAUGGCAAGCCUUUCCAAUCGGAAUGGGUACAGGAGCCGUCUAUGUCACUCUUUCAGGCAUCGAAGACCGAACGCCAACGUUGAUCACUAUAGAAACCAUCUUUUACUUUCUCAACAUGGCCUUGUUCCUCUUGAACACCACCACUCUCCUCAUACAAGCUAUCAUCUACCCGAGGCAAGCAUGGCGACUGCUUCAAGACCCCGUCAAAGGCAUAUUCGUCCCACUCAUCGUUCUUUCUUUCGCUACUAUCAUCAUUGGUACCAUCAACUAUGCUGUUCCCACAAAACACGUCAGUCCGUCGUUGAUCUAUGCCUUGUUUUGGGUAUACGUCUCCUUCGCCCUCCUCACUUGUUUCCCCAUGUUGAUGAUCUGGUUCAACAAACCCCAUGAUCUCACUCAUUUUACUCCUGCGUAUGCGUUUUUGAUUUUCCCACUGAUGUUGGUCGGCGUCAUCGCAUUCAACGUCCUAAAUGUCCUCGACCCUGCGGAUACCAGAGCCAUCGGUGUACUUUUCGUCGGAUACUUCUUCCAAGGCUUGGGCUUCUUCAUGACGUUCUUUUAUAUCUGUAUCUACAUCAUUCGGAUUAUGAUGACCGGUUUCUUAGACGGCCACCAAGCAAACGGAGCAUUCGUAGUCUGUGGUCCUCCAGGGUUCACAGCACUAGCGCUCAUCAACCUCGGAAAACACGCACGGAAGAUCCUAACAGCCCACUCCCUCGUAUCCCCUCAAGCUGGCGAAAUCUGGUACGCCCUAAGCAUCCUCUCCGCCCUAAUGCUCUACGGCCUCGCCAUCUUCCUCUUCCUCUUCGCUGCCCUCCCCUACUGGUUCAAACUCCACAAACACCUCAACGAGAUCCUCGGCUGUUGGGCUCUCACUUUCCCCAACGUCGGAUGGAUCUCAACUUCCAAAGUGUUGGGGAAGGAAUUAGGAGUGAGGGGAUUGGUAGUUGUGCAUGUUGUGUUUACGGUUUUGAUUUGUGUGACUUGGGUUGUGCUUGUGGGGUUUACGGCUUUGGCGUUUUGGAAGGGGUUGAUAUUUUAUAGUAGGGAGGAGGAUGUGAUUAGGGAUUUGGAAGAGGAGGAGAGGGAGAGGGAGAAGGGGGGUGUUUAGAUGCUCGUUCUGGACACUUUUCUUUUUUUUUUUGGUACAUAUCACGAUCAUUUAUCCAUAGAAGCUUACAAGCUAGAAGAAGAAGUUCUGGACACUUUCUUCGUACAUAUCACGAUCAUUACUUUAGUCUACUUACCAUUACUACCGCACCGUUUAUCUAGAAAGCACUCGGAC